GCGCAGCGGGCUCCCGACCUUGCGGUCCUGGCGCAUCCCUUCUCCCUCCCGGGCCUCGCUCUCCUGCAGAGCGACCCGGAUCGGCCUCUCCUCCCGCCGGCCCGGCUCACUCAUCCAACCGGAGCUGGCGGCCCUCGGGGACAGUGGGCGGGGCCCGACCCGCGGGCCGAACCUGCGUGGAGCCCGGCGCCGUGGGGCUGCGAUCGCGGGACUCAGGGCCGCACAAGGGACAUGAUGCCCGAACCAGGUUUUCAGGAAUAAUCGGGAGUUUGUGUUGCGCACCGUGUGGGGACACUGCACGAAGUGCUUAUCUGCGUUAUCACCGAGUCUUCCCAACGACUCGUAGUGAUGGAGACUGGUGUCUUCCCCGUUUUUAGCUGCGGAAACGGAAGCCUCGGUAGCUUUGCCCAGCUUAUACAGUGAAUGACAGAGCCAGAAAUGGACUUCCCAAGCCUAGACUCUUAACCAUACCUCUGCACUGCCUCCCUGCUGUACCCGUAAGCCAAGUGUUUGACCAGUGCCCUUCGAACACAUCUUUUGUCUCAGCUCUGUACCCGUUGGCCCUCUGAAGGGAAUACCGCGAGGCAGACUCCUCAGCCCCUGCCUUCUAGGCUGUGUACUCCUGAACCAGUCGACUGAAAACGCAGAGCGCUCCAGUGAGUGGUGCGGGCUGUUUAGAGGAGGGAGAGAUGGCAGCCAGCUGGCAUGCAUCAGGUAGGAUGCUGAUUUGAGCUGGAUGUGAUUUGGAAGAACAUUCCAGGUCGGGGACAGCCAGAGCAAAGACUCACAGGAGGCAGCGACAUUUGAGGAUGUGACCAAAGACUGGAAGUGUUAGGAAGCCUCUCAGAAGGAUUGCAGCAGGGGCGCAAUGCUGGACACUUGUGAGAACAUGAUCCCCCCGGGACCCUCCUUACAGUUCUCCACGAUGCCACAGAGAGCUGGAAAUGAUCCCCCUGGGGUUUCAAAUCUAAGUGAAAAGGAGCUAAGUAACAUGAGAGAAAAGUUUCUCAUCAGCGUGACAAAGUUAGUGGAAAGCAAAAGUUACAACAGCAAGGUAUUUUCCAAAGAAAAGUACUUUCAAACAAUAAAGGAAGUCAAAGAAGCUAAGGAGAAGGGGAAGAAGUCAUCGCGUGAUUAUCGCCGUGCAGCAAAAUACGACGUGAUCUCUGUGCAAGGCACAGAGAAACUAAUAGAGGCUACUCACGGAGAACGAGCUCGAAUACGGUAUUAUGUACACAAGGAAGAGCUGUUUGACAUUCUUCAUGACACACAUCUCAACAUUGGCCAUGGCGGGCGGACACGCAUGCUCAAGGAGCUGCAAGGAAAAUAUGGGAAUGUCACCAAAGAAGUCAUUGUCUUAUAUCUGACUCUGUGUAAACAGUGCCACCAGAAGAACCCAGUACCCAAGAGAGCCCUUGCCCCCAAGCCCGUGCCGUUUAAGGACACUGACUCCAGAUGCCAAGUUGAAAUCCUUGACAUGCAGUCAAAUGCUGAUGGUGAGUUCAAGUUUAUUUUAUAUUACCAGGACCACUUGACCAAGUUUACUAUUUUACGGCCAUUAAAAGCCAAACAGGCCCAUGAGGUGGUCGGUGUCCUAUUGGAUAUUUUCACAAUUCUUGGUGCACCCAGCGUGUUAGAAUCUGACAGUGGCACGGAGUUCACAAACCAGGUUGUCAGUGAGCUCAGUGUGGUGUGGCCAGACCUAAAGGUCAUCCCUGGUAAGUACCACCCUGGCCAAGGCCAGGGCUGCCUGGAACAAGCAAGCCGUGAUGUCAAGAACAUGCUCAGUGCCUGGAUGCAGAGUAACCACUCUCAUCACUGGGCUGAAGGCCUGCGGUUCCUGCAGAUGGUGAGGAAUCAGGCCUUUGAUGUUUCCUUGCAGCAGAGUCCAUAUGAGGCCAUGUUUGGUUGUAAAGCCAAAUUUGGACUCUAUUCCUCACACUUACCCCGAGAGACCGUGGCUGUUUUACAGACAGAGGAAGAACUGGAAAUUGCUGAAGAACAGCUAGAAAGCAGCCUCUGGAUGAGGCAGGAAGAAAGGGCGGAGGUCGGAGCAGACCGAUCUGACAUGGACGAGGAUGUCAGUCCCACUCCUCCCGCAGCUGCAGGGCCCAGCACCUCCCGAGGGGCCUCAGGUCUCUUCUGCUGGUAAACAGACACCUGCGUCUGCGCACCACGUAGCCCCCUGGGAACUGCUGCCAAGGCCCCGGAUGAGAGGAGUGAAGGCCACCCUCCCAGGAAAGCUGUCUGUGUUCGUCUUGCCCAGAGGGGCAAAGCGACUCGGGUCUCUGAUCUCAGGCUGCCCCAACAAUUACCGCAAAUGGAGGCUUAAAACAACAGCACUCUUCUCUCUCAUGGUUCUGGAGGCCAGAGGUCCAAAAUCAAGGUGUGGGCAGCGUGUGUUCCUUCUGGAAGCUCUGAGAAGAGUCCAUUCUUUACCUUUCUCCUUUCACUAGUGACUGCUGGCAGUCUUUGCAUCCCUUGGCUUAGAGUAGCAGAAAUCCAGUCUCCGCCUCACCUGCACGUGGGUCUUCACAUGGCCUUCUCCCCUCUGUCUGUGUGUGUGCUCCUUUUCUGUCUCUUACAAGGACACGGUUGGACUCCAAAUCUAUGUCGUUGGACUUAGGGCCCAUCCUGAUUGAGGAUGAUCUCACGUCAAGACCCUUAAUUUCAUCUGCCAAGACCCUUUUUCCAAGUAAGGUCACAUUCACAGGUGCUAAGGGUUUGGACUUGGAUGUAUCUUUUUAGGGCACUACACUUCUACCAACUGCAGUCAGUAGAAGAGUAUAUUUGCCUGCGGAACACGAACAUGAACUAAUGGGCUCUGAAGCCUGUAGAGCUGGUGGGACUGCCCUGCAUAUAUUUAGUGCCUGUUCCUGCACCUCACACACAUAGCCCAAAAUGGGGGCAUCAGAGAAAAAGUUGCUGAUGGAGGACAAAUAAUGAGAAGAAAGGAGGUUGAUCGAACGUGCCUCAGAGACUGGCUGCUCCACCAGCUGAGCUCUGUUUCCUGCUUCAAGAGAAACCUGAUGUACCAUUCCCACUCAGAAUGACACCCACGGGGAUUAUCGUGUGACCUGCCUGAAACAUAUUUUAAAAGUAGGUCAAAAUUAAGGCACGGCUGGGGUUUGGGUCUGAGUCUGCCAGUUUUCUAUGCUUCAAGCACAACACAGCAUGUACUCUUGGAACAGGUCAGCGCAUUCCAGGAAGUGACCAACAGCAGGGAAACAACUAAGGACUCCGGAGCAAAAUGCAAAAGUUGGCCUGAGGUCACUGCUCCAAGCAGAGAAGAAUCGAGCAAAGGCCAGUCUGAGUCAUAGUGCCGAGUCCAGGGAAGGGUCACUCCUGGGAUCCGUGCACUGCUGUAUUCUCAAGGCAGGGAGAGUACCUAGCCCAUCGGAGGUGUUCAGUAAGGAUUUGUUGAGUGAACAAAUGACCCUGCAGAGAUAGACACAGGGAAGGAGGAGGGCCUGCAGUCCCUUAUUCUCCCGUUCAUUCUUCCUGCAUGUCCACAGCCCUCUCCAAACCAUUCUGGUUGCCCCUGGUGCUGGUUUCCCCUUCUGAAAGGGGCAGGAACGGUCCCCAAUGCCGCCUGCCUCACAGGGUGGUGGUGAAGACAGUGAGAUGCUGCAUAUGAAGUCCUGCCCUGUGAGUUGUCCUUGCUGCCAGCACGUCUUGCCCUCCUUGUGAAUGUUGGAGAUCUCUGACCGCUGCCAUUCCUUUGCUGAUUCAACAGUGUUACCCUGGGUAUCCAGGCAGCCUGCAUUAUUAUUAGAGGGGAGGUGGUAUCACUUUCCAGCUUGCGUGGGGAGACCAGCAUCCUGCUCUGCCCUUGGCCAGCAGCUCACGUUCCCUUCUUCCUGUAUCACUCAGGGGAGCAGGGCCUGGGAGGCCCGACCUGACUGAUGUUGCCAGCCCUCCCCCCGCGCUGACCUACUACCUCCUGGUUGCGGAGCAAACCAGGAAGCACAUCGUCACCUCGUGUGGGUGCGAGGUGACAUGAGGCACGACACUACUGUCUUUCCCGGGGGCGGGGCUGCAAACAACCUAGGUUUGCGGAGCUGCUGUGUCCGCCUUCCCCUUUUGCUCCUUAGUGUCGGCCAUGGAGGGAGCUGGAGGUGGACGCCCAGACCCCGUCCAGCCUUACUCUGCGUGAUCGCGUUUCAGCAUCUGGAACAGAACCGACUGCUUUCCGUGAGCAAGUAUAUUUUGUCCACAUAAUGUUUUUUUAAUUUAAAACAUUAAUUGCCAUCACUUUCAGAACCGAAGAUUUCGUAUAAAAAUCUGGAUGUCUAGCACCUCUUGAAAACUUGGAAGAUCUUGCCCCCCCGCAUUUCUGCAUUUCAGUAAACAACCAAGUGGUAACCCCCAGGAGGCAGUCCACGCCUGCCUUUUACACUUGGCCACCACCUGGGCCAUUCGUGUUUUUUGCAUACGCAUUUCUGUCGCCCACUGCUAAAGAAAGGCAGAAGAAGUCCGAAUGUGACUAAAAGCCCGAGACAGACCCAUGUAUCUAGGAUUUUAUGAUAAAAGAGGCAACAGCAGUGGGAGGGGUUGUAUUGUUCAAUUAAUGGUGUUGAUCAAUUAUAUGUCAAUAAAAAAAAUAACAGUGCUGGAUCGUAUAGCUAUCCAGCUGGGAAAAAAAUGAGGUCUGAUCCCUAAACAUAAAAAAACAAAACUGUACAAGUAUUGGGGAAAAGAAAUAGGAGAUGUUUGUGAUCUUGGAAUGGAGAAAGGCAGAAAAGGUAACUAUACUUGGCUACAUAAAAAUGUUAAAUAUCUAUGAAAAGUAACUCCUUUUAAAAAGGUAAAUGACAGGCUGGGAGAAAAUAUUUGCAAUAUCUAAAACAGGCAUAAGGUACUGUCAACUGAAAAAAAAAUGCACAACCUAAAAGUUGAGAAUUAGGUUUUAUUCGGCUGACUUACUGAGGACUUAAGCCCAGGAUACAGUCUCCCUGAUAGCUCUGAGGGACUGUGCCAGAGAGGUAAGCGGUGAGCCAGGAUAUAGAGCAGUUUUUGCCAAAAACAAAAAACAAAACCAAAAAAACCCCUAAAAAACAGGUAGUCAAAUGUCAAAAGAUUACUGCUGAUUUUUUAAAAAAACAGACAUCUCAUGUUAAUGAAUGUAGCACUUUUCUGUGUAUGGGAAGAUGCAAGAGUCUGGGCUGAUUGAAAUUAUCCCUUUGAUAUGCAUCUUAACUAGGGACCAGUGUCCUGCUUUUCUCCAUCCUGAAUCUCCUCGGCGGCUGCACUGGCUGAUGACUUGAUGGUCACAACAUCCUUUGUUUACUGAUACGGCAGGUGACAUUCUUUGUCCACAGAACCUAAUUUUUAAAAGAGCACUUACAAAUUAAUAAUAAGAAGAGCAACCAGUAGGAGAGGAGCAGAGGUUAAAGACGGAAGAAAAACAAACGUGUGAUUGUGCCCUGGGGCAGCUGCGGUGGGAUGGAAGUGCACAGGUAUUGUAAUCAGAUCAAGGCUGUCAUUUAAGUGAAACAGAUUCAAGUUCUUUGAGGGUUUUUAUUUUUUUCUGCCAUUCCUGUGGGAGAGGAGAAGUAUACCUAGUGAUGCUGUCUUGCUUUAACAGAAAUCUGACCGAUAAAGAAGUACAGUAACGGUUACACUCUAUUCAGGACAGCAGUUUUCAUUUCCUGGGGCUGGUAUAAUCUACUGGGUGGCACAGAAAUUUAUUGUGUCACAGUUCCGAAGGUCACAAGAUAUCAGUGGGGCUUCUUCCCUCAGGGCUGUGAGGGAGAAUCUGUUCCAGGCCCCUCUCCUAGCUUCUGGUGGCCUCAGGUGUUCCUUGGCUCGUAGAGGACUUUCUCCCUGCCUUCACAUCGUCUUCCCUCUGCGCCUCUGUCUCUAUGUCCAAAUGUCCCCUUAGUAUAGUGGAUUACAGCCCACCCUUAAUGACCUCACUUUAACUUGAUCAUCUGCAGAGACCCCAUUUCCAAAUAAGGUCAUAUUCACAGGUAUGGGGUGGGGGCUAGAGUUAGGACUUCAGCGUCCUUGGCGUAACACAGUUCUACCCAUAUAGCAGCGCCAGUCAGAAUGACAGGUUUUUAAGACGUAGUUUUUAUAAGAGGCGUGGCAACAAUGUCCAAAGUAUUAGAAGACUUACAAAAACCCCCUGUUCAGAUAACACAAGGGCAGAUUUAUUUUAACAGAAAACAAAAGAAAUGAGUACUAGUUACAAACAUUCAUACAAAUCUCCAAUAUCAAUUCUUGAGAAAGAUCUUGAUACCUUGUCCAGCUAGAUUAUUUGGCUUAGUUUUGGUUUUUCUGUUUUGUUUUGUUUGUUUUGGCGGAGGCCUAACCAGGACCGCCAGGGAAUUCCGCUUGGCUUAGAUUAUAAUGCAGAACAAUGUCUCUCCACCACGUCCACAGGAGAGAGGGACUGUUGCCAUAUCUUUCUGAGGCUCCUUUUGUUAAUUAUGAAGGCUUGCAUUUUUUAAGGCUAAUCUCUGGAAUUCCGUUAUGAGGCCCAUGGAACUCAGUUUUACUAGGAAAAGUAAAUGGAGAAUGGGCUACAGACGAUUGCACUUAACAGUGAAGUGAAGAUCCUGCAGUGCUUUUCCCCCCACAGGCUCAAGCAUGUAAACUUGAUACGUAACCUUGAACAAGUCCCCUGAGCUCAGAGCUCGCCUAUAAAACGGGGGUGAUGGUCAUGAAACCCAGUUGUGAUAAGGUUUGUGAGAGAGGAUGAGUGUGGCGGGGAGGGGCUUGUUUUCCUUCCAGUUUACGGAGUUCAGUUUCUACCCAGAAUGACCAGUCAAACUAAGGCAAGUUCUUUCCUCCAAAAAAACCCCCAAGAGAUUUGGAGGCAGGAAAGCAGCCACCGUGGGCAAGUGCUGUCCAGGUCCACGCUGGACAGGGUUCUCCCUCUUGGCUUCUGCCACCGGCACAAGAUUCAGUGCCCUCUGCCUAUUCACUCGUCCAGCCACAUUCCAAGCCACAGGCCCUUCCUGCAGCCCUGGGUCAGGACACACUCAGCCCUUCAAGGUUGAGCGCACCUGCCCCCAAGUGGUUCAGGAAUGCAGUGGAAAGAGUGACUCUGGUUUUCAAACACACUUCUGCUGUGGUCAGAACACUUCACAUGAGAUCUACCCCCUUAACAAACUUGAGGUGUAUAGGCAGAGUGUUGUAGAGCAGAUCUCUAGAAUUUAAUCACCUUGCAUAGCUGAAACUUUGUACUCCUUGAAUAACAACUCCCCAUUUCCCCCUGCCCCCAGCCCCUGGCAAUAACCAUUCUAUCUUUGCUUCCAUGUAUUUGACUAUUUUAUUUAUUUUUAAAAUGUUGUUGUUUAUUUAUUUAUUGGCUGCAUUCAGUCUUUGAUGCAGCACAUGGGCUUUCCCUAGUUGCAGAGAGCAAGGGCUACUCUUCAUUGUGGUGCAUGGGCCUUUCAUUGUGGUGGCUUCUCUUGUUGCGGAGCACAGGCUCUAGGUGCAUGGGUUCAGUAGUUGUGGCAUACAGGCUAAAUAGUUGUGGCUCUCGGGCUCUAGAGCGCAGGCUCAGUAGUUGUGGCGCACGGGCUUAGUUACUCCAUGGCAUGUGGGAUCUUCCUGGAGCAGGGAUCGAACUCGUAUCCCCUACAUUGGCAGGGGGAUUCUUAACCACUGUGCCACCUAGGAAGUCCCUGUUUGACCAUUUUAAAUACUUCAUGUGGGGACUUCCCCAGUGGUCCAGGGGUUAAGAUUUUACCUUCCAACACAGGGAGUGCAGGUUUGAUCCCUGGUGGGGGAGUUAAGAUCCCACAUGUCUCAAGCGGCCAUAAAACAGAAACAAUAUUGUAACCAAUUCAAUAAAUACUUCCUGUGAGUGGGAGUGGAAUCACACAGCACUGGCUUAUUUGGUUUAGCAUAGUGUCCUCAAGGGUCAUCCAUGUUGUCACAUACAGCAGCGUUUUUUCUUUUUUAAGGCUGAAUAAAAUAAAAUUCCAUUAUAUGUAUACCACAUUUUCUUUAUCCAUUCAUCUGUCAAUAAAUAUUGAGAUUGUUUCCACAUCUUGGCUAUUGUGAAUAAUGGUGCAGUGAACAUGGACAUGCAGCUAUAUCCUGAUUUUAAUUCUUUUGGAUAAACAUGCAGAAGUGGGGUUGCUGGGUUAUAUGGUUUUUUAAUUUCUGUUUUUAAUUUUCUGAGGAACCGCCAAGCUCUUUUAACAGCUGCAUCAUUUUCUCUUCUCACCAACAAUGUACCAGCGUUCCAAUUCCUCCACAUCCUUGCCAGCACUUAGCCUUUGUUUGUUUGUUUUUAGUAAUACCAUUCCUAACAGGUGUGAGGUGAUAUCUUAGGUUUUGAUUUGCAUUUCCCUGAUGUCUCGUGGUGUUGAGCAUCUUUUCAUAUACCUACUGCCUGUUUGUAUAUCUUCUUGGGAGAAGUGUCUUCAAAUCCUUUGCCUUUUUUGUUUUGUUUUGUUUUUUUGGCCAUGCUGUGUGGAAUGCAGGAUCUUAGUUCCCCAAUCAGGGAUCAAACCCGUGCCCUCUACAUUGGGAGUGCAGAGUCUUAACUACUGGGCCACCAGGGAAGUUCCCCUUUGCCUAUUCUUUAAUUGGUCUAUGUGUUUUUUUGCUGUUGAGUUUGCAUUCCUUAAAUUUUUGAAUAUUAACCCCUUAUCACAUAUAUGGUUUGUAGAUAUUUUGAAAGAAGAUGGGAGACUCAGAGAUUGACGAUUUAGUGCAUAUGUUCCACUUACAACUUUAUCAACACUAACCUUAUAUUGUAGAAUAGAAUCUGCUUUUUUGCAGCUCUAGGGAAAGAAGAAACAUUUUCUUCUGAUAUUUCUGAGAUUCUAUUCCCAGAAGUUUUUUGAGGCAACACAUUGGAAUGUCAUUAGUUAGCACUGAAACAGGAAGGGGGAGGUGUCUCAGAAGCUCAGACUUAAACUCUUGCUUCCAAAUUAUUCUGCAUACUUUCUGGACAUUUGUGCAACAGACCAUUAAAGCAUGGUUUGCUAAGGUGAGCUUCAACACUGUGUGGGUCAGUUUACCUCUGCACAGUUAUUUUAACCUUUUCAGAUUUGGUGACUUUGGGUUGUAUCAAUAGAAUUUUAAGGGGAAAGGUUUGGAGGGGGAGCUAUUUUUAAAUAUGUAAUUUACACAUCUUUCCUUUUGUUUUGCAGAAACUUUAUAGAAAUUGAUUUGAUACCUGCGAUACUUUGACAUGUAAGAGUAAGAAUCCUGUGUUGUUCAAAAGUUAGCCAAUGGCAGAAUAGUUUUGUCCCUGGAAUCUUCUGAAUUUUGUCCAGAAUUCUAUUCCUUUGAAUUAUUGAAACUUGGUUUCUUUUUUUGGUUCCUGGUUCCAUUUUAUUGUUGUUAUCUUGGCACUAAUCUUUGUUUACCCAGGUUCUGACAUUUUUACCCCAGAAUCAAUUACCCCAGAUGGUCUGCUCUGCUGUGUUUUCCAAGCAAACAAAGUGAGCAGGAAAUGAGCUUCCUGAGCCAGAUGGCUUUCUGCUUUCCUAGGAGGCUUUGCCUUUUACAAGCGUGUUUGUCUUACGUCUACUUUUUAAAUUAUAAUUGAUUAAAUACAUAUAAUUUUUGGUUUAAAUCUAAUUAUAUUUUCUUUUUUUUCCAUUUGAAAUUUGGUCCUGACAUUUUGCCUUCUGCUUGACCGAGUCUCCUUUGUAGAAUCUUCCUGUUCUAUUUAAUUUGAACUGCUACAUCCUUUCUGUCGAGUAGCUCUUUCUCCACACCUGGAACUUUGGUCUAGGAUUUCUUUUCACUUUUAGACACUUCCCUUGACAUGACUAGCAGAUGAGGUCUUACCAGCCUUUCCUCCUUGCCUUUUGCACAGACAGGUCAUGCAGUGACCAGGUGUUUGCCCCUCUUUGCUGUUCCUCUUAGGAUGUCACCUCUCCCUAUGCCUUUCUCCUGAUGCAGUGACAGGAAUCCCGGAAAUGGCUGUGUUAAAUGCAGGGACCACUGGGAUUUUGCCGCAACACUUAACCCAGAUCACCAGUAAUAACCCAACUGCCUGCUAGUCCUGAAACACUGCCUCUGCCCCCCAGUGGAGUGGAGGGAGCCAAUCCGGACACCUGGAAGCUGCCCCUUUCCCUCCACUCCAGAUGCAGGUAUUCUCUGUAUCCGGGAGAGAACCUCCUUGAAAUCUAUCAGUCUUGGCUUUUCCUCUUCCAUCUCUCGUCACCCGCCGACUUCUCUAGCCUAUCACUGUCACUCAUUCAUGCGACAUUUAUAAACACCAGCCAUGUGCCAGGCAUCAUGCUGGCUUACCGUCAAGUCAGUGGUCAUGGUAGAGGGUGCUAAGGACAAAGCAAAGAUUUACAAGUCCGCUAAAGGGUGCUCAGUGAGGGAGCCACACAAAGGUCAUUUAAGCUGAGUUUCAAAGGAUUGUUUGCAGUUCACCAGUGAACGCUCUCCAUUCUGCCUCCUUUGCAUCAGAGGACUUCUUGCAGGGGUAAUAGAUUUGGUAAGAUCCUCAGUAGAAAAACCUGGCAGACACCACUGUAAGGAGGUUAUCCAAUGAGCAUCCCCAGUGUCUGUACAACUGCUGUGCCUCCUGAUGUGAUGCACUGAGAAGAACGCAACAAUGUUUCUGUGAUGUUGCUACCAAAGAUGCAUCACCUGAAUGUAAUUAUAGAGAAACAUGAGACCAACCCAGAUGGAGGGGCAUCCUACAAAGUAACCGGUCAAUGUUAUGAAGAUGAAGACUGAGAAACUGUUCCAGUUAAAGCAGGUGAAGGAGACAUGGCAACUGAAUACAAUGCAUGAUCCCGGAUUUUCUUUUAUACUGGACAUCACUGGGACAGUCGGCAAAAUCUGAAUAUUAUCUGAAGGUUAUAUUAUUACGUCAAUUGUUAAUUUCCUGAUCUUGAGACUUGUACUGUGGUUAUGGAAGAGAAUGUCCUUGUUUUUAGGAAAUACACACCGAAGUAGUGGGGGGGUGUAAAGUGGUACCAUGUCUGCAACUUAUUCUUUUUUUCUUUCUUUUUAAAUUUUACUUAUUUAUUUAUUUAGGCUGCGUUGGGUCUUUGCUGCAUGUGAGAUUUCUCUAUUUGCGGCGAGCGGGGGCUACUCUUCGUUGAGAUGCAUAGGCUUCUCUUGUUGCAGAGCACGGGCUCUAGGUGUGAGGGCUUCAGUAGUUACAGCACGUGGGCCAGUAGUUGUGGCUCGUGCGCUCUAGAGUGCAGGCUCAGUAGUUGUGGCGCAUGAGCUUAGUUGCUACGCAGCAUGUGGGAUCUUCCCGGACUAGGGAUCAAACCUGUAUCCCCUGCAUUAGCAGGUGGAUUCUUAACCACUGCGCCACCAGGGAAGUCCCACAACUUAUUCUUAAAUGGUAAAGAAAAAAUGUGUAUGUGUAUGAGUGUGGGGAGGGGAGGGAGGGAAGGAGGAAGGAAGAGAUACAGAGCAAAUGUAGUGAUGUUAACAUCUGGGGAAAUCUGGGUGAAGAACAUACAAGGAAUUCUUUGCACUGUUUUGCGACUUUCCUGUAAGUCUGAAGUUUUGUCCCCCCACCCCCAAUUUUUUUAAUCGUCAGGGUCCCACUAAGAGGACAGACAGCUUUGCCUUCUUGUGACGAGUCCUUAGGCCUCAGGACCUGUGAACGUGGGGAUACAGGGCUGUAACUCUUGGGCUUGCAGAAGCAGGAAUCCAUGCAAGCGUGGCUUCACUGCGCUGCUUUCAGGAUCUUAGUUUGGGGCCAGGGGUUGAACCCAGGCCCCAGCAGUAAAAGCUCCGAGUCCUAACACAACUGUUGAGCCCAUGGGCCGCAACUACUGAAGCCUGUGCACCUAGAGCCCAUGCUCUGCAACAAGAGAAGCCACCGCAAUGAGAAGCCUGCACACCGCAACGGCAACGAACAGUGGCCCCACCUCCCUUCAACUAGAGAAAGCCCAUGUACACCAACAAAGACCCAAUACAGCCAAUAAAUAAAUGAAGAAAUUUAUUUAAAAAAAGAAGAAGAAACAAAGUCCCUAGCUUACAUGAGGGUUCACUCUUGGUGGUGUACAUUGUAUGGGUUUUGACAAAUGUAAAAUGACAUGUAUCCACCAUUCAUUGUCAUACAGAACAGUUUCACUGUCCUAAAAAUACCCUAUUUGUCCCUCCCUCUCUACUCUCCAAUGCCUGACAACCACUGAUGUUUUUACUGUCUCCAUAGUUUUGCCUCUUCAAGAACGUCAUAGGGUUGGAAUGACAGAGUAUGUAGCCUUUUCAGGUUGGCUUCUUUCACUCACUAAUACACAUUUAAGCUUCCUCCAUGUCUUUUCGUGGCUUGAUAGCUCGUUUCUUUUUAUCACUGAUCAAUAUUCCGCUGUAUGGAUGUAUCACAGUUUAUCCAUUCACCUAUUGAUGGACAUUUAGGUUGCUUCCAAUUUUUGGCAGUUAUGAGUAAAGCUGCUAUAAUUAUAUGCAAGUUUGUGUGUGGGCAUAUAUUUUCAGUUCAUUUGGGUAAAUACCUUGGUGUGUAAUUGUGGGAUCUUAUGGUAACAGUGUGUUUAGUUUUUUUUUUUAACUUUUUAUUUUUUUAUUUUUUACAAUAAACUGCAUAUAUUUAGAGUGUACAAUUUGGUAUCCCAGUCUCCCAAUUCAUUCCCCCCCCAACCCUCCCUGCUUUCCCCGCUUGGUGUCCAUAUGUUUAUUCUCUACAUCUGUGUCUCUAUUUCUGCCUUGCAAACUGCUUGAUUUGUACCAUUUUUCUAUAGUCCACAUAUAUGUGUUAAUAUACAAUAUUUGGUUUUCUCUUUCUGACUCACUUUACUCUGUAUGACAGUCUCUGGGUCCAUCCAUGUCUCUAAAAAUGUCCCAGUUUCAUUGCUUUUUACAGCUGAGUAAUAUUCCAUUGUAUGUAUGUACCACAUCUUCUUUAUCCAUUCAUCUGUUGAUGGACAUUUAGGUUGCUUCCAUGUCCUGGCUAUCAUAAAUAGUGCUGCAAUGAACAUUGGAGUGCAUGUGUCUUUUUGAAUUAUGGUGUUCUCUGGGUAUAUGCCCAGGAGUGGGAUUGCUGGGUCACAUGGUAGUUCUAUUUUUAGUUUUGCAAGGAACCUCCAUACUGUUCCCCAUAGUGGUUGUAUCAAUUUACAUUCCCACCAGCAGUGCAAGAGGGUUCCCUUUUCUCCACACCCUCUCCAGCAUUUACUGUUUGUCGAUUUUCUGAUGAUGCCCAU